AUGCUCAAGCAAAUGGCAGCAACAGCAAGUCAUGAUAUUAAGCUGCUGGGCUCACGUCCUAGCCCAUUCGUAAACCGGGUUCAAUUUGCCCUCAACCUCAAGUCAAUAGAGUAUGAAUUCAUCCAGGAGAAUACAAUGGCGAAAAGUGAACUCCUUCUGAAAUCAAACCCUAUUCACAAGAAGAUCCCAAUUUUCUUCCAUGGCGAUAAGCCCAUUAGUGAAUCACUCGUAAUUGUUCAAUACAUUGAUGAUGCCUUUCCAGAUGGUCCCUCCAUCCUUCCCUCCGAUCCUUUCGACCGGUCAAUGGCCCGGUUCUGGGCUGCUUAUAUCGAGGACAUGGUAGCACUGAAAUUUAGUUGA